GACAGCUGUCUCGAAGACAGCGGCUUUUUGUCGAUCCCACAACCACAGGAACAAGCGCAGAGCGCAGAGAGAAAGAAGCCGUUGGAGAGCACCCUGUUGUCGACGUUGUUACAGACGAGUAUAACUGUGGAAGACAGAACAGACAAGACCAUAUUCACCGUAGUAUCGUUAUUAGCAAGCUAGCCGGAAAGAAAGAGAGCUCCAACUUGGAUUGAAGAUUCAUAUCUAAUCCCGCCGCCGCAAUGAGCAAUGCAACCGAUUCCACAGAUGACAUUGGCAACGGCAUCUCCAAGUUGAACGUCAACACGAAUGUUUCUGAUCAUACAGCAGUGACAACACCCUUGCAAGACGAGCAUGAAGCCAGUGGAGUUGGUGGUCCUUCAGUGGUGACCCCUACCAAGGAUUCAAAAUCUUUGUCCGCCUCGACGGAUGUUCCUGCAGCUGCUACCCCCUCAGCAUCCGAUAACGGCACCCCUGUUACAGCUGCUGUUGAUAAUGCUAAUGCUACCCCUUCAGCACCCGAUAAUGCUACCCCAGUCAAAACUGGUGAUGCUACCCCUGCACCCAAAGCUGAGGUCAAGAGAAAGACUAGCAGAAAACUCCAAAAUGUUGACUUGGUUUUGGGCGACUGGGUAGCCGAGGGUGGUUUCUGCAGCAUUUACGAAGUCACUUCCAUUCAAGAUAUUGACUCGAAAGAAUGGUUGCUAGAAUCCAUCAAACCCGAUGAUUCUUCCAAGAGGAACAAACGACAUCUCAAAAGUCGCACCUUGUCGGGUUUGACAGGUCCACUGUCUCCUCACAAGAAGAAUCACAAUCGAGGACAGUCCACCAGUGCCUUGGUCGAGGCACCCUUGCCACCCCUCAUGAAGUCCGUCCAACUUUCCGUUACCAGGUCAUUCAACAUUACUAAGAGUGGUGACUCGGCUCCCAUGACCUCCAGUUCCGAACGACUGGACACGGAUAAUUCGUCCCAACUUGACAAUGCCAGCAGUCGCAGUUUUGGAAUGCGAAAAUCCUCUGCUUCCGGUCGUGCCACAAAGCCAUCAGCUAUGGCGGCUGUCUUUCGCCGGUCUACCACGCACGAUGGUAUUAGUCAUCAUGCUGCAUCCACGCCCACGAAUAAUAACGUCAAUCCAUCCUUUCUGAGAGAAUCUCCUUCACGGAGUGAUAACAACAAUAACUCCAACAACCAAGCAGGAGGUCCCUCGUUUGUCCUCAAGUGCCUCAAAAAUCCCGUCUUGCAAAAUCCGCAAGUGCUCGACUUGGGACUCAAGGAUAUGAAAAUUGAAAUUCAAAUGCUGCAACGAUUGAGACAUCCCAAUAUUAUUGGAUUACGAGCUUAUGGGACCAUGGUGCUCGAUUAUGAUACCAACAACAACGGCACACCUACUACCAAACAACCACGCGUCUUGAAACGAGCUCCGACAGCGUAUCCGUUUCUGGUACUGGAUCGACUCGGUUGUACCCUCGACGACAAAUUCAAGUUUUGGGAAUCCAAACAUUUGCAAAAAUCCACACUGGUCGGGAAACUGGUCACGCACCGACAUCAUUCCAAAGCAACGUUUUGUGGACACGAACGAUGGAAGGUGUUGUGUGACAUGACAUCGGCAUUGGCCUAUUUGCACAAGUAUCGCAUCAUUUACCGUGACGUCAAACCAGAAAAUGUCGCCUUUGAUCAAAACACUGGAACUCUCAAAUUACUGGAUUUUGGUCUUGCCAAGGAUUUGAAACACGUACCGCCAACUCCUUCUGGACUGUAUCGGUUGACGGGAUUGACCGGAAGCGCCCGGUAUAUGGCUCCCGAAGUGGCACGAGAAGACGAAUACAAUGAGACUUGCGAUGUCUACGGAUUGGCCAUUGUCAUGUGGCAAGUCAUGGCGCUGGAAACGCCAUACUCAAAAUUCAAUGUCAGCAAAAUGUUCAAAUUCGUCUAUGAUUGCCCUCACGUUCGUCCACCCUUGGACGAAUGGAAACAUCACUCAGAUCAUCAGCAGCACGGUCUUGCCUCGCCUACGCAUCAAUUGACAGAAGACUUGGAAUGGUUCACCAAAAUGCUAUCGCGCAUGUGGAGUCCACUCGUGGAGAAUAGACCCUCCAUGAAAGAGGUCCAUAUGGUUCUCCGGAACAAGCUCGAGCAAUACGAAAAGGCAGCCUCCCUUGCCGAACACCAUUGAAUCAACGAAUGUGGGCAUCAACCUGCUGAAGUACGUGACCGACUGGCAAUCACUACGAGGAAAGAAGUGGAGAUGUCAAAUCGGUGGUUGGGUUUGUGGCGAGUGCUCGAUUGGCACGUCCGACUCGACUUGUUGAACCAUGCCGCUCGUGUGGACGCCUCCUCGAUGUGCUGGCUGCAUUGAACGUCACAUCGUUUGGCAGUGUUUCAAUUACUUAUAAAUAGAAUGUUUCAUUGGUUUCUG